AUGGGCUUUACAACCGGCUUCCUCGGUGGCGCAACUCUGACGUAUUCGCUCCUCUACUUCGGUCUGUACGUCCACCGCGCCAACCGCAACGUCCAACGCACCCUGUUAUCCCAACAAUCUGCACUCCUUAACAGCGUGGUCGAGCCGUUACCGCCGCUCCCUGACCCACCCGCAUAUGAAGUCCGUCGCGCCGGACUAGCCGAACAGGUAAAAGACCGAUGGAAUCGCGAGGUCGAGAAACUGGUCAGGAACGUGCAACAGACGGACUGGACCGCCGCCAGAGAAGACGCGGAGCAGAGAUUAGUGAGCCUCUGGCGGACCGUCAGGCAGAGUGAAACAGGGAGGGAGGUUGAGGAGAGAGCAAAGGAGCUAGGAGAGCAGGUCCGGACGGGUGUCCAGGAGACGGUCGCGGAGGGACGGGAGAAACUUAGGGAGACGGUCGACUCCGGGAAGGAGAAAGUCAAGGAGGCGGUAGACCUCGGUGGUCAGAAGGUGAAGGACGUGGUGGGCGCGGCACGCGAGACGGUGGAGGAUCUCGGGAGUGUAGGGAAGGAAAAGGUCGAAGAGAAGACAACGGGACGACCGAAGAGACUGCUCGAAAUUGGUUGA